AACAUGCCAUAAUUCAUACCCAUUACCUCUAUUUAUCGAAGCCCAACAAAGAAAGAAUCAACAUUGAAUUCAUUUUUUCUUUAAUUAGUCUCUUCUCUAUCUUAUUUUAACCUUGCGAGUACGAACGAAGUAGAAAGAAAGAGAAGGGAAAUCAAAAGCAUAGACAAUGAUACUGGGACAAAGAAGGAGCCUCACAAAACCCCUGCAAAACCUCGUCCGCUUCCUCACAACCGAGUCAACACUCGCCAACCCGCCAUCCCCAGUGAACCAGGCCCACCUCCUCCGCGUCUGCACCAUCCUCUACCAGCAGCAGAACUCGCCGCCCGAGUCACGCCUCCACUCCAAUCUCAACUCCCUCAGCUUCAAUCUCACCCACGAGUUCUUCCUCCAGGUCUGCAACAACUUCCCGCUCUCAUGGCGACCCGUCUAUCUCUUCUACCGGUACACCCAGACCAACCCCAGUUUCACCCACACCGCCGUGUCACUGAACAAAAUGCUCGACGUCGUCGGAAAGUCCCGGAACAUCGAGCUGUUCUGGGACUUGGUUAAUGAGAUGGGACGGCGUCGUUUGGUGAAUGACACGACUUUUGUUAUUGGGUUGAGGACUCUGGCCAAGGCCAGAGAGUUGAACAAGUGUGUGGAGUUUUUUCACGUGAUGGGUGGGUGUGGGAUUGAGUGUAAUGUGGAGACUUUGAACAAGGUGAUCAAGAGCCUUUGUGGGCUGAAACUUGUUGAAGAGGCCAAGUUUGUGGUGUUCAAGUUGAAGGAGAGGAUUAGGCCUGACGGGGUUACUUUUAAGUGUUUGAUUAAAGGGUUUUGUGAUGCGGGGGAUUUGGUUGAGGCUGGGAAGAUUUGGAAUCUGAUGGUGGAUCAAGGGUUCGAUCCUUGCGUUGGUGCUGUUGAGAAGAUGAUGGAGACUCUUUUCAAGACCAAGCGGGAUGCUGAGGCGAUGAAGCUGUUCCAGAUGAUGAGGUUGAAGAGGAUGGAGGAGUUGGGGCUUUCCAGUUAUAGGCUUGUGAUUCAGUGGAUGUGUAAGAAGGGGAAGGUGGAGAAUGCACAUGUGGUUUAUGAUGAAAUGCGCAAGAGAGGGAUCAAAGCGGAUAACUUUACAUGGGGGUCACUGGUUUAUGGUCUUUUGGCGAGAAGGAGAGUAAAUGAAGCUUAUGGGAUUGUGGAAGGGAUUGAGAAGCCGGAUAUCAGUGUCUACCAUGGCUUGAUGAAGGGGCUGUUGAGGUUAAAAAGGCCGGGGGAAGCGACACAAGUGUUUAGGGAGAUGAUCAAGAGGGGGUGUGAGCCUAACAUGCACACAUAUGUCAUGUUAUUGCAAGGGCAUUUGGGAAAGAGAGGGAGGAAGGGAAAGGAUCCGCUUGUGAAUUUCGACACCAUUUUUGUUGGGGGUUUGCUUAAGGCAGGGAAGUCAUUGGAAGCCACCAAGUAUGUGGAGAGAGCGACUAAAAGAGGGCUUGAGGUGCCUAGAUUCGAUUAUAACAAGUUUUUGCAUUACUACUCGAACGAGGAAGGGGUGGCAAUGUUUGAGGAGGUGGGGAAGAAAUUAAGGGAGGCUGGAAUGGUUGAUUUGGCGGAUAUUUUCCAGAGAUAUGGGGAGAAAAUGGCGACGAGAGAUAGAAGAAGAGAUAGAGCUGUCGACCCAUUAGUAGAGCGUUCAUAACCUCAUGUAUUAGGCUAAUAGGCAGUGGGAUGUUUCUGAAUGAUAUACAAUUUCUCAUGAAGUCUCAACUCGACUUCAUGAAGUCCCAUAUAUACUGUUUCUGAAUGAUAUAUUCUUGUGCAUCAAUCGUCAUAUAUGUUGUAGUAUAUAUGACUCAUGUUGUAGUAUGUAUGAGUCAUAGUAUAAAUGUCUAUAUCAUGUAUAAGAUAGGUGCUUGAGUGUAUAGAUAGGUAUAGUGACUUGUGUGACAAGCUUUAUACCAAAGGGGAACAAGUAUGGCAAUCAUCAUCAUCACAAGCCACAAUGUGAAGCUACAAAUGAAGAUGAAUCAUCAUCAUCACAAGCCACAAUGUGAAGCUACAAAUGAAGAUGCUAUCAAGUUGUAUUAUUCUUUAAGCACUCACACUUCAAAUGUAUUCCUAUAAAUACCCUAUUGUAUGAGAUGAAUAAACACACAUGAAUUCUCAUUCUCUCUGCAACAUUACUCUCUCUCUCUCUCUGUUAAUAUGCUUGUCCU